AAUUAUCCCCAUGAUUUCUACACUAUAAAAACACCUUCCACUAUCACUCUUUUCUCUAAUCCAAAUCACAAUUUCCGAUUUCUUUUACAUUUUCAUCUCUUUAUCUCUAUCGAUAUGAAUCAUUCUCAUAAUCCUUUCGCCGCUGCCGCUCCCACCGCCGUGUCUCCUGCGCCCGACCUCAGAAUCCAAUUCGGAUCCCUUUACAUUCCGAAGAAAAACUCGUUCGGACCACAAGGAGAAGACGCUCACUUCAUUUCUACACCAGACAAAGUCUUCGGAGUCGCGGACGGCGUCGGCGCUUGGGCAGACGAAGGCAUCGACUCUGGCGAGUACGCCAGAGCAUUGAUGGCCAACUGCGCCGCCGCGGCAAAGGCGGACAUCGAUGCGGAUCCGAGGAGGAUUCUUACGAAAGGCUACAUGAAAACGAAGAAAAUUCUGGGAUCCUCAACAGCCUGUAUAUUGGCUCUGAGAGGCAAUGCUUUGAAAGCAGCGAACAUAGGGGAUAGCGGAUUCAUGAUCUUCAGAGAGAAGAAGCUAAUCUUCGUAUCGGCAUCGCAACAGCACCGGUUCAACUGUCCUUUCCAAUUGAUGGAUGGAUUUUUUGUGGAAUUGCCGGUACAGCCAUGGGAGUGCAGAGUGGAGGUUUGGCCGGGAGAUAUCGUGGUGGCCGGUACGGAUGGGUUAUUGGACAACGUUUUCGCGAGUGAGAUCGAGAAGGUUCUAAAAGAGGAAGAACGAGUUGACCCGGGGAAAUUGGCAUGGCGAUUGGCUGAGUUGGCGUUGGGGAACUCGGUUGAUAAGCGUAGAACGACACCGUUCUCGGCUGCGGCUAGAAGGGCGGGGUUGUGGUGUGAGGGAGGGAAGAUUGAUGAUAUUACGGUAAUUGUUGGACACGUUCAAGAAACCAAAGCUAAGUAUUCGCGAAUCUAAACCAACUUAAUGCGCUUUUUUAGCACUUAAUUUAUUUAUGAUUAUCAUACUCAAAAUAUGUAUAUCGUUACUCAUUAUUCUAUUUCUAUAUAUUGGUAGUGUACUUUAUAUAUUUUACUUUCA